CUCUCUAGAUAUCCUCUUGAGUUGGUUGUCCUUCAUAAGACCGAAUCACUAUUGCAAGAAGAAGAAAAUCUGGUGUUGAGUGCGUUUGCGUCUUUAUCCGGAAAAUUUAAAAUGUUAUCCGGAAAAAUUCUGGAGAAAAAGUGACUCGGAAAUCGUGGCAGAUAAGUGUGUUCGAUAUUGUUGAUCCUUCAUGCUCAAGAACCAGACUGAAACAUCCCAAAGUAUGACCAUUCAAUGCUUGGACGGUUUGACCACCAAGAGUGCGGACACUAUGCAAGGCAUAAGUGAAAAACAGAGUGCCCAUCAGCAAGUCCAAACCGGCACGAAAAACGGACACAUUAGUUUCAGUGUUGCAUCCUUAUUAGCUGAUACCAGGCCAUGCAAACCGCUAUCCCCUAUAUCCACCCAAAAUCUUUCGUCAUCCAGUCCCCAACAUCAAUCCUCCGACGAAGAAUACGAUUCGAAUCAGGAGGACUCGAUAGUGGACGUGGAAGAUAUUAAUACCGAUCAUACGUCGUCUAGUCCUUCGAAGGGCAACGAAUCGCCCGGUACGCACGCGAGAGAACGACCGGAAUUUCAAAGGGAAAACCUUAUCAGUCAAGGGCCCAUAAGGCCUACUCCGUUUUCCGCGUUGGCAGCUGCCGUCUAUCAAGCCAACUGGCCGUCGCAAGGUCUGGUAGGACCUUUUGGAACAUCUGGACACAUGUUUCAGAGCCCUUCACAUUUCGGAGUACCUUCCAUGAAUGCAGAUUCAAAUGGCGAACCACCAAAAUUGAAAUGUAACCUUAGGAAACACAAACCUAAUCGAAAACCUAGAACCCCUUUUACAACUCAACAGUUGUUAGCGUUAGAAAAGAAAUUUAGGGAUAAACAGUACCUCAGCAUAGCAGAAAGAGCCGAAUUCUCUAGUUCGUUGAGGCUUACAGAAACCCAGGUGAAAAUCUGGUUUCAAAACCGUCGAGCGAAGGCGAAGAGGUUGCAAGAGGCGGAAAUAGAAAAACUCAAGAUGGCCUCGCUAUCGCGCCACCCGCACCCUCUCUACCCUCAUCCCGCUCUGCAGGGUUACUUCCCCGCAGGAGCGCACCCUCUCGCGUCACUGUUAGGGGCGCGUCCCCCUAUGGGACCGCUCGGCAUAUUACCCCAGCACGCGCACCCACCACCCCCGCAUCUACCUUCGCCGCAGGGACCGAUGAGAUCUCCUAGUCCUCACAUGUCCUAAAGGACAAAGGUGAAAGAAAGUGUUUCAUUUUUUUUUUGUAUUUUUUUAGUAGACGACUCCGAGUAACAACCCAAAUAAAAGGAAUAACAUAAAUAUAAAGUCAGUUAAGAAAAAUACAACGUGCAGGGUGUUAAUUCGAUUAAUUUCAUGCUUAUCAAAAGAUGGAAUUAUUUUUAUACUAUUUCACAAAAAAAAGAUAGAUUUCGCCCUUUAUUAUUAUUAUUACCUGCGU